UUCAAAGUCUCUUUUUGUGUUCUCUCUACCAAAUCGUUGAUUUCUUGUUACUGUUACAAUGGAUUGCAUAAAUAAGGUUGAUAGAUCUGCUUUCGUAGCCUUUUCACCGGAAGCUCCGUUUAUGGCAACCGGAACCAUGGCCGGAGCAGUAGAUCUGUCGUUUAGUUCAUCCGCCAAUCUGGAGAUCUUCGAACUUGAUUUUAGGUCCAACGAUCGUGAUCUAAAACUUGUAGGUCACUGCUCAAGCUCUGAACGGUUUACUCGACUCGCUUGGGGAAGUUAUGGUCUCAUAGCCGGUGGACUCGUCGAUGGAAAUAUCGGUUUAUGGAAUUCAAAUCGUUCUGAGUCUUGUGAAAUUGAGCAUGUUAGACAUCUUUCAAAACACCAAGGACAUGUUCGUGGUCUUGAAUUUAAUGUCAAGUCCCCAAAUAAACUUGCUUCCGGGGCUGAUGAUGGUACAGUUUGCGUUUGGGAUUUAGCAAAUCCUUCAGAGCCUUCUCAUUAUCUAAGGGGUACUGGUUCUUCUAUGCAAGAGGAAAUCUCUUCGGUAUCGUGGAACAGAGAGUUUCAACAUGUUUUAGCAUCUACCUCAUAUAAUGGGACUACUGUGAUAUGGGAUGUGAACAACAAGAAGGUUAUAACAGACUUCAAAAAUUUCGGAUCAAUGGACAGAUUUAAAGGUCCAACUCGGUGCUCAGUUUUGCAAUGGGACCCUGAUAAUUUUAAUCAGAUCAUGGUCGCAUCAGAUGAAGACAGUUCAACAAAUCUUAAGCUUUUGGACAUAAGGUAUCUACAGUCACCUGUUCGCACAUUUGUUGGCCAUCAAAGAGGUGUGAUUGCAAUGGAGUGGUGUCCAAGUGACAGUUUGUAUCUACUUACUUGUGCGAAAGACAACCGAACUAUUUGCUGGAACACAAAGACAGGACAGAUUGUGGCUGAGUUACCUAUUGGUGGCAAUUGCAAUUUUGAUGUUCAUUGGUAUCCAAAGAUACCUGGAGUUAUAUCAGCAUCUUCAGUUGAUGGGAAAAUUGGCAUCUAUAACCUUGAGUGUUGCAGCAGCUAUGAUACUGAGGUGACCAAUCUAGAUACUGCUUCUUUAACAGCACCAAAAUGGUGGAAACGACAGGUUGGUGCUUCUUUUGGAUUUGGAGGAAAGCUAGUUUCAUUUAACAAAAAUCUUCAUGAUGCAUCUGAGGUUAUUAUGCAUAGCCUGGCCACAGAACAAAGUUUGGUGAAUCGAAUUUCUAGAUUUGAAGCUGCAAUAGAAAAUGGAGAGAAGAGUUCACUUAGGGGUUUGUGUGAGAAGAAAACAGAAGAGACCAAUUCCGAGGAGGAGAAGGAAACAUGGGGCUUGCUAAAAAUCAUGCUUGGCGAGGAUGGAACCGCAAAGUCGGAGUUGCGUACCCAUCUAGGCUUUAGUUCAUCGUCUGAGGAAACGGAUCAAACUGUUAGUGAGCCUCAUGCUACAUCUUCUUCUGAAAACGUAGAACAAACUCAACAACAAAUGCCAGAAGAAGAAGAAGAAGGAAUCUCUGAUCCAACAGUUGAUGAUGCCAUCCAACGUUCAUUGAUUGUGGGAGAUUACAAGAAAGCAGUGGCUCAGUGUUUUUCUGCAAAUAAGAUGGCUGAUGCUUUAGUUAUUGCUCAUGUUGGUGGUACAACAUUGUGGGAGAGUACCCUUGAUAAGUAUCUGAAGAUGAGCAAUGCACCUUACAUGAAGGUUGUUUCUGCAAUGAUGAAAAAGGAUCUAAUGACCCUUGUGAAUACAAGACCACCUACAUCUUGGAAAGAAACUCUUGCUCUUAUCUGCACUUUUGCAGAAGGAGAUGAAUGGACAAGCCUCUGUGAUGCUCUAGCCUCAAAAUUGAUGGCUACUGGUUUUACUUUGGCUGCAACUCUAUGUUACAUUUGUGCAGGGAAUGUCGAUAAAACAGUAGACAUUUGGUCAAUGAGCCUUGAAAACGAAAGUGCUGGAAAAUCUUAUGCUGAGCGUGUUCAAGAUAUUAUGGAGAAGACGCUUGUCCUUACUUUGGCAACUGGAAACACGAGAUUCAGCGCGUCUCUACGCAGACUCUUUGAGAGUUAUGCUGAGAUUUUGGCCAGUCAAGGACUUCUUGCAACCGCGAUAAAGUUCUUGAAAUUUCUUGACUCUGGUGAUUCCUCAUCCGACCUUUCAAUCUUGCGGAAUCGGAUUGCUCUGUACGCAGAACCUGAAAUUAGUAACCCGUCUGCAUUAGAAAACACUCAGGCGCCUGAAAUCUCCAAGCCAUAUCAAAAGAAAUAUUUUCCUCCAGCUCCAAUAAGCAAUGCUCAGCCAUCAAAAACUACUUUUGUUCCUUUGAAUCCUCCUCGAGAACUAAACAACGCGGACCAAUAUCAGCAGCAUACCAUGGAUUUUUCUUAUUUUCCUCGAUCCACGAACCCAACAUACAAUGUUCCACCUGUUCCUGGCUCAUAUCAACCCAUCCCUUCACAAGUUGGUCCACAUCUUAACGCUCAGAUUCCACAAACUGUUGCUCCACCAAUGAGACCUAUGACUCCAACACAGCAGGUAGCAGCUGAACCAGCACCUGUAGUAGCUCCACCACCACCACCAACCGUUGAGACCGCAGAUACUUCCAAUGUACCAGCCCACCAGAAGUCUAUUGUGGCUACAUUGACAAGGCUGUUUAGAGAGAUAUAUGAACCAUUAGGAGGUAAUUCACGAGCUAAUCCUACCAAGAAGCGUGAGAUAGAAAAUAACUCAAGGAAAUUAGGAACUCUGUUUGUGAAACUAAAUAAUGGGGACAUCUCAAAGAACGCUGCUGAAAAACUCGCUCAUCUCUGUCAAGCUUUAGACAAACAUGAUUUCGGUGCAGCUUUACAGAUACAGGUGUGUAUGACAAACACCGAAUGGGAAGAGUGCAACUUUUGUCUUCCAACACUAAAGCAAAUGAUCAAGGGAAGACAAAAUGCGCAGUGAAAUGUUUAUAUUAUCUGUCCGGGGUAUAAACUUAGUAGUAGCUAGGUUAUAUGUACUUAGUGCUUUGACCUUGCGAGAAAUAAACUUAUAACCAAAUCAGUUAUAAAAUUAAUCAUUAAUUCUAUUUACAUAGA